AAUUUCAUCUAUAAAACCACACUUUCACCAACAGCAAAAAGGAGGAAGAAACGAGUACCAAAGCUCUGCCAAAAAUACAGCUUCCUCCAAACUUGUUUCAAUUUACAAAGAAUUUCCUUCUGUUCAUUCACGAUUCCUUCAUUGAUCUGAAUACCUUCAUCCAAACUCAUAAAUCUUCAUUAACACUUCAUACAUAAUAUCCAAAACCAACACACACUAUUUUUUUUCAUUAGAUCUACAUCACUUCAACUCAAAAGCACAACACAGCCACCAUCAUCAACUCAACAACUAACAACACAAAGCUUUUCGUGAACUCGGCUCAACAGCGACACCGUUCAUCAAUAAAGGUUCAGAACCAUACCGAAAUCUGAAGAAAAAAAAGAAUCGAAGCAGAGCAACAGGAUAGAGAUUACCGUGGAUUCGUCACCCUGGUAACUUCCGGGCGGAUUAACCGCUGGACUCAUCUGCUUUAAUCUUUUGAUUGAAAAAAAGGCUCUAAAAGCAGAAGAUAUUCAAUCCAUCGGCAUAUUAUCUGAUUUUCUGAUAGAAAAUGGCUACUGAAGAAAAUAAGGAUCUUAUUGAAAUCUUGGAAAAUUUGAAAUUAAUUGAUGUGGCUAAAUAUAUGAACUUUGUGAGUGCCCCACAAGCUGGUGCUAUAGCUACAUUUUCAGGCACAACUCGUGACACUUUUGACGGAAAAGCAGUCUUGGAGUUGAUAUAUGAAGCUUACAUUCCAAUGGCUAUACGUUGUAUUAAGUCUGUCUGUUCGUCCGCCCGAGAGUCCUGGAAUCUACAUUCCAUUGCUGUUGCUCAUCGGCUAGGCACAGUACCUGUUGGAGAAACGAGUAUCUUCAUCGCAGUGUCGUCUGUUCACAGGGCUGAUGCACUCGAGGCAUGUAGAUAUUUGAUAGAUGAGGUAAAAGCAACCGUUCCUAUUUGGAAAAAGGAGGUUUAUUCAAAUGGAGAGAUAUGGAAAGAGAACACUGAAUUCUUGGAGAGGAGGUCCGAGCUUGGUAAAAAGGAUGUAGCUGUGGCUUGCUCGGGGAAAAAGUUAGAAAUUAAGGAGCAUAGCAAAAAGCUUUGCUGUGGGAAUAAGGUUCGGAUUGACGAAGGUAGCCAAGAUUAAUGUCAACUUUGGGCAUCAAAGAAAAUAUAAAAUUAGUUUGCAGAAUAUCUCUCUCCCCCAUUCCCUUUUCCCAAUCUCUAAAUAAGAUUGUAUUUAAGCUUUGAAAUCAAUAAACCUGCCCAUCUCUUAACACUAA